AAAAAGAAGGUGGACGCAAGAAGAAGCGAGAGAGAGCGAGCGGCACCGCCCAAGGCAUGGUAGGUGCAAGUGCGAUAACGCUCAAUUGUGUCCCUCUUCCCAAUUACGAUGAGCAGAAGAGAAAGUUGAAGAAAGUCAGGAGAAGGGUGGUGGUGAUUCGAGGGGCUCUGGUUGAGACCAAGGCCAGGCCCCUCCCUUCUUCUUCUUCUUCUUCUUCUUCAUUGGAGCUCCCCACCACCAGUAACAGUAGUAAUUAUUAUGCGGUGGUGAAGAAGAGUGUUAGGGGUCGAUCCGAUGAGCGGCAGGCGGAGACCAGGGCAUUGGCGAGAGCGGUGGGUGCUUCCGUUUACAACCCCGAGCUCUUGGCCAGUAAGUAUGGCUCUCAACCCCUCAAGGUGUUGAGGAGGGCUCUAGGGAUACUGAUAUCUCUUGGGGGUUUUUCCCUCAGCCUGUUCUUGGAUCAAAGGAGGGGUCAGCUGGAUAGCAACAAGAGGCUCAGAGCUGUUGAGCUCAGAAAAAUCUUCACAAGAUUGGGUCCCACUUUUGUAAAAGUGGGGCAAGGAUUGUCCACCAGGCCUGACCUAUGCCCACCAGAAUACCUCGAAGAGCUCUCGGAGUUGCAGGAUGCUCUACCAACAUUUCCAAAUGCAGAUGCAUUUUCUUGCAUCGAGAAGGAGUUGGGUAUGUCUCUCGAUUCCAUAUUUACGGUCAUAUCCCCUUCACCUAUUGCUGCAGCAAGUUUAGGCCAAGUUUACAAGGCACGACUCAAGUAUUCUGGGCGUACUGUUGCCGUGAAGGUGCAGAGGCCUGGAAUUGAGGAAGCCAUUGAACUGGACUUCUACCUGGUCAGGAGUCUUGGUUUCCUCAUAAAUAAAUAUGUGGACAUAUUCACCAGUGAUGCUGUUGCCCUGAUCGAUGAAUUUGCCAGAAGAGUUUACCAGGAGCUUAACUAUGUGCAGGAGGGUCAAAAUGCUCUGAGAUUUAAGAAGUUGUAUGCAGACAGGGAAGAUGUACUCGUCCCCAACAUUUACUGGGAUUAUACAAGCACCAAAGUGUUAACAAUGGAUUGGGUGGACGGUAUCAAACUGAACGAACAGGCAGCCAUCGAGAGGCAGGGGUUGAACCUGCUGGACCUUGUAAACACAGGCAUUCAAUGCAGCCUAAGACAGCUGCUUGAGUAUGGUUAUUUUCAUGCAGACCCCCAUCCAGGCAACCUUCUGGCUACACCCGAGGGGAAACUUGCGUUUCUCGAUUUUGGAAUGAUGAGUGAGACUCCAGAAAAAGCGAGAUUUGCCAUAAUCGGUCAUGUUGUUCAUAUGGUGAAUCGGGAUUAUGAAGCCAUGGCUCGUGACUACUAUGCCUUGGAUUUCUUGUCACCUGAUGUAGAUGUGUCUCCCAUUGUGCCGGCACUCAAGAACUUCUUUGAUGAUGCUCUCAAUUCAACCGUCAGUGAGCUCAAUUUUAAAACUAUUGUGGAUGGGCUGGGGGCUGUUCUAUACCAAUACCCAUUUGAUGUUCCUGCAUAUUAUGCAUUGAUAUUGCGGUCCCUCACAGUACUGGAAGGCUUAGCUCUUUAUGCUGAUCCGAAUUUUAAAGUGCUUGCUGCAUCAUAUCCUUACUUUGCUAAAAGGCUCCUCACAGAUCCAAAUCCAUAUCUGAGGGAUGCUUUGCUUGAGUUGCUGUUCAAGGAUGGUAGAUUCAGGUGGAAUAGACUUGAAAACCUACUUGUUCAAGGAAGCAAGGAUAGAGACUUUGCUUCUAAAGAGGCUUUACAACCUAUUGUAAAGCUCCUAUUGAGCCCUGAUGGAGAAGAGCUUCGAAGUUUAGUCAUCAAAGAGGCUAGUCGAGUUUCUGAAGCUGUUGUUAUAGGUGCUGCCUUUGAUGGUUACAAAUCUUUACCUGAGCCCAUGAGGAAUUUAAUUGCUAAUGGUAAUCCAGUGGGGUCCCUUAGAAUGAACGAGAAUGAAGUAGCAGACAUGCUUGAUCUUCGUGAUCGAAUAAUUCGGAUAUGGAGCCUUUUGCAGUCCUCAGAGGGCUUUAAUCCUGCCCUUUUGCAGCCAAUUGUGCAGGUCCUCCAAGAACCCGAAGCUCGAAACCUUGGGGGCCGUGUUGUCGAGGGAGUCACGCAACGGCUUGCAGCACGGUUACUGCAGCAACUUCUCCGGCCCCCACCCACAGCCCAGUCGUAAUACAUGUACGCAUUCUCAUCUUCAUCAUCGUCUCCAUCUUAAGGAGGUCGUUACAGUAAAUGUUCAAUCAAUGUAUGCCAUUCUUGGAACAAUGAAGUCUCCAUUCUUUAUUCAAUCAUUUGUAGAUCUGACCCAGAAAAGAUUUCCAAAGGUGUUCAGGCAUA